AUGCACAGCAGAGCUUACUUAUUGCUGCAAAAAGAAUAUCGCCAAUUUAGGGAGAGCGAACUCCAGGGUAUUAUUGCUGUUCCUCUUUAUGAAAAUAUGAUGGAUUGGGAUGUUCAGAUGAAUGGUCUCCUGGGUACCCCUUGGCAAGGGUUGUUCUUCCGUUUAACCAUGAACUUCACAUUGGAGUACAACUUCGUCCCUCCGGUUGUGAAAUUUACCAUCGUGCCAUUUCAUCCCAACGUACACCAAACUACUGGCAAGCCUUGUAUAGAUUUUUUGGAUGACCUGACCAAGUGGAAAGAAGGGUAUACAUUUAGCAGCAUCUUACUCACUAUUCAGGUUAUGCUUUCUGAACCAGUUUUAGAUAAUCCAGUGAAUUUGGAAGCUGCUCAAAUGCUGAUGUUGAAUCGAUCUAUGUAUAUGCUCAUAAAUCAUAAAAUUUUUAAGGAGGCAGUACUGUCAGCAAAGAAAAAAGGCAAGCUGGAUUUGACUAAACUCCAGUUUGUACCUCCCAAAUUUACGAGAAAAGUCUCGUUUAAUGAUUACUACAUGACGUGGUGUAGAAUAGCCACAUCAAAAGUGGAUGACCAUGACAGAGCCUCAUUGUUUGAGGAUCCAAAUUUUAUUGGAAUGUAUUAUAAAUGGAAGACAGCUGAAAGAAACCAUCCUAAAGAGUGGAAUUUGAAGUAA